AUGGCAUCUCAGGACCUGGAGCAUGUGCUCACCAGCGCCAGCAUAUUGAAGUACUCCUGCCACGAAUGUGCCCAUGGCCAAAAAGCGCCUUUGGAAACACUCGUUUCUCCGCCACCACUUCCAUUCAAUCUCGGCUACUGCCUCUCGCAUCACUAUUCUCGGCCGUUGCGCCUAGCUUAG